CCCACCUCCUCUAUCACCACCUUCCUUUUCAAAAAGAGGGUGAAGCAAAGCGCACAGGGGACUGACUGAGGAGGCAGAGAAGAUGGGACUUCUCAGCGUAGACCUGCUGAUCACACUGCAGAUUCUGCCAGUCUUUUUCUCCAACUGCCUCUUCCUGGCGCUCUAUGACUCGGUCAUUCUGCUCAAGCACGUGGCGCUGCUUCUCAGCCGCUCCAAGUCCACUCGUGGAGAGUGGCGGCGCAUGCUGACCUCAGAGGGAUUGCGCUGUGUCUGGAAGAGCUUCCUUCUAGAUGCCUACAAACAGGUUAAAUUGGGUGAAGAUGCUCCCAAUUCCAGUGUGGUGCAUGUGUCCAGUCCUGAAGCGGGUAACAAUUACGCCUUGCAGAAAACAUCUGGGGCAGAAUGCCACCUCCUUGACUUUGCCAGUGCAGAGCGCCCACUGGUGGUCAACUUUGGUUCAGCUACCUGACCACCUUUCACUAGGCAACUGCCAGCCUUCUGCCAGCUUGUGGAAGAAUUCUCAUCAGUGGCCGACUUCCUCUUGGUAUACAUUGAUGAGGCUCACCCCUCAGAUGGCUGGGCGGUGCCUGGGGACUCCUCUCUGUCUUUUGAGGUGAAGAAGCACCGGAGUCAAGAGGACCGGUGUGCAGCGGCCCACCAGCUCCUGGAGCGUUUCUCCUUGCCGCCCCAGUGUCAAGUUGUGGCUGACCGCAUGGACAAUAAUGCCAACGUAGCUUAUGGGGUAGCCUUUGAACGUGUGUGCAUCGUGCAGAGACAGAAAAUUGCUUAUUUAGGGGGAAAGGGUCCCUUCAGCUACAACCUCCAAGAAGUCCGCAGCUGGUUGGAGAAGAAUUUCAGCAAGAUGAAUUCUAGAUUAGCUGGUUAA